AUGCUCACCUCAAAUGACGUGCCAAUUUUGUUACAACGAUUACACAUUCAAAAUGGCUAUCGGCCGAUGAACCAGCCCCGAUUCUACUACUACAAGAGUGCCUUUCAGGUCCAUAAUGAGCUGGUAAAUGUUUGGACGCAUUUCGUGCCGAUCCUGCUCCUCACCGUGUAUUACAUCAUCCCGGAAUUACAGUCGGAUGCACCGAGAUUCCCGGCUCUGUUGCUCCAUUUCGGGACGGUGUGCCUGAUGACGGGGAGCACGAUCGCCCAUUUAUUAGUGAGUCCCAAC